UUAGUAGUCACACUCUGGGCUGAUCUAUAAAUCUACUGCCAGAAUCCGAAUAGCAGCAGCUGCAAGAAAGCAGCAUAGUGUGGGAUUUAGUCAUCUUCUCGCUUAUUCUGCUAUGUUUGUGUUUUGACCUGAGAAGAUCCAUUUUGUUCUAAGAGCUACCUGGAACAUGAAGGAAUGAGUAGGUGAGAUUGCUCUUGACCGGGAAGUCAUCAUCGCCUAUUGUGUCCAAGUUCAGUUCCCAUUUUCUGAUGAAGCCUGAGAAGCCAUCAAUUGAGUGCCUCACCAACAUGGAUUACUCCUGUUUCCUGUCCAAAAUAAGUGCAGCAAGACAAAUAAAUCCUGCAAGACUGACUAAUGAGCUGGCAAAACGUAUGUCCUCCUUAAUCAUGCUUUCUGGGGGUAUGCCGAACACUGACUAUUUCCCAAUAAAAACAGCAAGUAUCACUCUUGUGGAUGGAACAACCAUUGAAAUGGAUGAGGAGCUGAUGAAGAUUGCUCUCCAGUACGGUGCUACAGACGGAAUUCAAGAACUAUUGUCAUGGUUAGAAGACUUACAGAUGAAAAUUCAUGACCCACCAACAGCCAAGUAUGCGCCUGAGAACGGUCAAAUGAAGAUAUGUAUCACUGCAGGAAGCCAGGAUGGACUUAGUAAGGUUUUUGAUAUGCUUAUCAACCCAGGAGAUAAUAUCCUUAUAGGUGAGCCAAACUACCCGGCGACACUGACAGGGCUCCAGCCGUUGGGAUGUAACCUUAUCAACGUCCCUACCGAUGAGCACGGUAUUAUUCCCAAAGCUUUGAAGGCUGUUCUUUCCAGAUGGAGACCCGAAAAUGCCCAUAAAUUCAAGAACCCUAAAUUCCUGUACACCGUUCCAAAUGGAGGCAAUCCUUCUGGAAGCUCCUUGACAGCAGAACGCAAAAAGGAGAUUUACCAGCUUGCUAAAGAAUACAACUUCCUUAUAAUAGAAGAUGAUCCAUAUUAUUUUCUCCAGUAUGAAAAGACAAAAGCACCAUCAUUUCUUUCACUGGACGUUGAUGGGCGAGUCAUCAGAUGUGAUUCUUUCUCUAAAGUUAUCUCUUCCGGGUUAAGAAUAGGCUUUGUAACAGGGCCUGCACCACUUAUUGACAAGAUUAUUCUACAUACCCAGGUUUCAACAAUGCAGACAAGCACUUUUACACAGGUCCUCCUCUUACAACUCCUUAAGAAAUGGGGUCAAAAGGGUUUCCUGAACCAUACAGAUAGAGUGGCAAUGCUGUACAGAAAACAGAGGGAUGCGUUGCUUGCUGCAGCAGACAAAUGGCUGAAAGGUUUAGCAGAAUGGUAUACUCCUAAUGCUGGACUGUUUUUAUGGAUUAAAAUUAAGGGGAUUUCUGAUACCUAUGAGAUGAUCACCAAAAAAGCUUUGGAGAGAGGGGUGUCUUUGCUUCCUGGGAAUGGCUUUAUGAUUGAUUCUUCAAAACCAAGCCCCUAUGUCAGGGCUUCCUUUUCAUUUGCUUCUCCAGAUCAAAUGGACCAGGGAUUCCAGAGGUUGGCUGAGCUUAUAAGAGAAGAAAUGAAAUGAAGUCUACAGCAAAGCAAGACUUGAGAAAAAUCUUCACUGGCUGAAAUUCAGAAUUUGUGCCACUAAUUUCGCUGAGCACACCACUACAUAAAUCAUUGAUUUCAUCCCUUCCACGUUGGAUUAUAAUUUUCAGUUUGACAGUUGUUUUUGUAGAAGUUGUAUUACUGUGGCAUUCAAUUCCGAAUAAUACAAUCUGGUGCUUCCAUGAGAUACACAUUCAUUUUCCAAGCAUUAUUCCAACACUGCUUAAUUUAUCCUCUAUUUCCAACCAAGGGAAAUCAACUAAAUAGUGAAUUAUCUGGGUGAAAAUGGCAAGUUUUGCAGUGACUGAUACUCAAGCAGGGGAGAAAUCUUUUCAGCCUAGCCUAGAUUGCUAUUCCAUACUUUUCUAGACAAACUAUUAUUAGAUCCAUUCACUGCAAAUGUAGAAAUACAGCAUUCCUAACAAGAUCCAGGUCCAGUAACACCUUAAAGACUAACUAGAUUUCCAAGGUGUGAACUCUCCAGAGUCAGAGCUCCCUUCAUCAGAUACAAGGAGUGGAAAAAGGAAUAAGUCUUUAUAAUCCAAGCAGAGGUUGGAAGGAGUAUUGUAAAUUACACAUGUUGCAGUUAGCUUGAUAGAGCAGAGGUUCAAAGUGCAAAAAAUUAUCAUCUGUAAUGUGAGAAAAAUCCUGUAUCCCAAUUCAACCCUGAGGGAUCCAUUGUUCCAAAUUUGCAAAUAAACUCAGUUUCAGUAAUCUCAUGUUGAAAUUUUCCUUUGAGAUUUCUCUUUUUGAGAACUGCUACUCUUAAGUCAGCGAUUAAAUGUCCUGGAAGAUUAAAAUGUUCUCACAUUG